AUGAUAUGUUACCUUUUCAUUCUCAUUUUUGUGUCGGAAUUUUGGCAAAAAUUGAGCAGUCAAUUUUGUAAUCGUAAAAACAUCAAAGAGGCCGAUUCAUUAUUACUAAAUGUUAAAACUAAAAUUAAUAAGAGAAAGUAUAAGCUUUACAGAAGUAGUAAUAAGUUUUCAACAAGUGAGAUAGAAAAUAUAUUUUCAAAAUUAAAAAAUAUUAAUGUACUUUCAAAAAUUAAAAGGACUGGUUUUACCUUGUUAAAGAAGGUAGGUUUCCACAUAAAGGAUACCUCUUCUUUGGAAAGAUCAUGCUGUUUCAAUUACUACCUGUGUAAUUAUAUAAAAAGAAAAUGUCCAAGCGUAUGUACAACCUAUAUAAAUGGUAACGACGUUAAUGAAAAUAAUAAUGAUAAUGAUGAAUAUAGUGAUAGUAAUAAUAACGCACUGCUAGAUAACUAUGCGAAAAAAUUAAUUAUUACAAAUAAUAAAGAAAAGAGCGGAUCGUUAAAUUCCUUGAAAAAUGUAAACUCCGUUUGUGAAGGUGAUACCUUUUUCAUUGCGAACAAAAAUUAUUUUAAAAACGUAAAGCAUGUUACGUACAGAGGUAAAACUACUACUCAGGCUUUUAUCUCAUCAACUAACAAUAUAAAAAUUAAGCGUAACAGGUUUAAGUUGUUUAGGACAUUCACUUACUGGGGGAGAGAAAACUUCUUUUGCACUGAGCAAAGCAGCAUGCACAAAUUAACCAAGUCUAAUAACGUUUUUUCCCUUAAAAAUAAGAACACAAGUUGUAGCAGUUGCAACAUGUUAGACUGUGGUAAUAGUUGCGUAAAAGGAUAUAAUGUAGUUUAUGUUAAAUCAUUCAUAAAUAAUAUUUUGAAAAGCAGCUUCAUAUACAACUACGUAGCAGAUAAAGAUAUGAAGAGGUUAUUGCAAGAAAUAAAUUUUUUAUUUUAUAAAUUACAGAUACAUAGUUAUGAAGAAGGAAAUUUAUCGAAAGAAGAAGGUGUCAUUACGAAUGUGUUGAGAGAAAGAUAUAUAGAAAAAAACAAAAAAAAAGACGAUCAACUUUACAUGCAGCAGCUUCAUAGUACAAUACAUGAUGAAAUAAAUAAAGCAGAUGUUUCCUUUAGAAAUAGUUGCAUAAAUUGCUCUGAAAAGGAUUGCAAUCGUUCGUUCAGUCAUAAAAGUACGGAGGUUAUUCUGAAAAUUUGGUUAAUCCCUUUGCAUUUAAUGUUUAUUAACAAAUGGAUGGAUACCCUUCUUGUAAAUUAUCUGCAUGAGAAUAAUUGCACUAGGGAAUAUUUCAUAAAAAAUAAUAUUCUUAUUAAAUGUGAAAAUGAUCUUGAAAAAAGGUUAUUCUUCCAUUUACAGUGUUUUUAUUACCUUUUUUUUGAAGUAGGGAGAGGUGGAGGAAAUAUUACAUAUGAUAACUAUGACCAGAUUAAUGAUACAUGCAAUAGUUCUACAAGUCAUCGUGAAGUAGGUAAUGGUUCAUUGCAUAUUGACACUUCACAUGGGUGUACUACACAUAAUAGUAGCAGUCGUGAUAACAGUACCAACAAGGACAGUUUAAACCAAGGGGACGUAAAGUUACUGCUCCAUAAUGUUCAAUGUGAGGAGAAAAGAACAGAACAAAACGACACUAUUUUUUUGAAUCAGAAAAAUAACACAAUUGAUGUUGCAAAGAAGAAGAUUAUUAUUUACCUCUAUAGGGACAAUGAUGAAAAUAUGGGAAAAUUUUAUUCGUAUUUAAAACGUAUUUAUAAAAAUGAGUGCAUUAGUUUUUUUAAUUAUGAAAGAUAUGUACACCACGAUAAUUCUUCUUUUAUAAUAUUAUUAUCCUAUGAAGAGUUUUUAAACUUGUCUUUCCAUUGGAAUAACAAUUCACUUAACAUUUUUGAACAAUACGUGAACAACAAGGUAAGUAGUGCAACAGAAUGCUCCAACUUGUUCAAGCUAUUUACAAAGCUCCUUACAAACCCGACUCGUAACAGCAAUAAUAUUGCAAUGGAGAUAAAAGGAAACUGCUAUGAUUACACAUUUAAAAUAUUUUUGGACGAUUUUAAUUUAAAAUAUAAUUAUGAAACUGGCGUAAUUGAAAAAAACUUAUAUGAGAAUCUUUUUUCAAUAAUAAAUUGGAAUGAAAAAAGAGCAGUAACGUUAUAUUUUUUGUCUUCUAAACAUUUCAAUUUGCAGUUAUUUAAAAUAUGGGUUGAAAAUAUCCAUAAAAACUGUACUUUUUUAAAUUUAACAAAAAAUAAGCAUUUUUUUGUAUUACAUAAAAAAUUUAUUCUGAAACUUGAUGAAAUAUGCGAUGCGUAUGAUGACGGCUCAAAUAAGCAGAGCGCAGAAGAGAAGGAAAAAAGACCUAUUGGAUCGAGCGUCGAAAUUACAACAGUAGAAAACAAGAUUCUUGGUCUUGUAAAAAAUAAAAAAAAAAAUAUCUCAAAUGAACGAGCAGCGAAAAGUUUGCUACUAUUUAAAAAUUGCAGAAAGGAUAUUAUUAUCAACUAUUUAAAAGAACAUAAUUUGUAUAAUUUAAACAAAUUAAAAAAAAAGGAUAAAAAAAUAAAAAGAAAAUUAAAUAUAGCUAGGAGAUUUUUCAAAAAAAAAAAAAGAUAUAAUAUGAACAACUUGGAAAUAUCGCAUUAUAUAGAUUUCAUUGUUAAUAAAAAAAAAAAAGGAAGUAUAUUUUUUAAAAAAAAAAUUAUUGAUCUGGAAUACAUAACAAAAGAGGAAAAUUUACAAUUACAAGACAAAAUUAAUAUAUUAACCAAGAAUGUGCAUAUUGCUUAUCAGGCUGAUAGUAUAAAUGAACAAGAAGGAUAUGAGUGUAAAGACAUUUUGUCGGAUAGAACUAUAUUAUCAAAUUGUCAUAGGAAAAAUAGCAAUUUCUCUUUUUUAAAAAAUCAACAACGGAAUAAUCUACAAACAGGGGAAAUUCCGAACGAUACUGAGGGGAAACAUGGUAGUAAUAAUUAUCUUGUAAAUGGAGACCAGCAUAUUUUUAAUCAAACAUAUGUGCGCCGCAAGACACAACAUGCGGUAAUUCUUCCACAGCAAAGUAAAUUUUGUGAAAAUAAAUUAAAAUUUUUUUAUUUGAAAAAAGACGAUAUAAUAAAACAAAAUGAUAACAGUUCAAUUAAUGAAACGGAAGUUGUGGAAAUAUAUCCAUGUAUUUAUUACAUAUUUAACACGGAAACAUUCCUAAAUUUUUCGACGGAGCUAUAUGAACGGAUGGAUGUUUUAGAUGAACUGUUCAUGCAAAAGUGCAGAUAUCUUUUAAAAAAAUAUGAACAUGUCAUACACAAAAAUUUGAAUUUUAAAAAAUAUUUAGCAAAAGGCCUUUUUUUAAUUAACCAAAAAUUAAACAAAUAUGAAAUAAAAUUUGUUAAAGAGUUAUUAAAGAAUAAUAUUUUGAAAGUUAUAUUAUCGUGUGUUGAUAUUUCAUCUGAGGGUAUCGAGGUGAACAGUGUGUUCAUCGAGGACGUUCAGGUACACAUGACGAAGAAGCGGAUACAAUAUAACCGACUGAUUGAUAUGAUAAACCAUUUUCAUAGUCACGUUUUUUACAAUGUAGAAUAUAAUGAGAAAAAUAGUUUUAGAGAUACAAAUUACGAGAGAGGUGGUAUGUCUCAUAUGCAUCGCGAUCGAAAUGAUAUUAAGGAUACACAUGAAGGAUUUAAGAACGGGGAAAGCGCGUCCGAUGACAUGCACAGGUUGCAUUUUAUUAAAUAUUUUAUUUUUCUAAAUUUUAGAAAUAUAUUUAGAAAGUAUACAUUGUCAAACAAUGAUCUGUUAAAUUUAUCAAAAAAUUCAAGAAAUUAUUUUUUAAUUCUGAAAAGGUAUGAAGAUGCUCCAGUACUUUUAAACAUACAAAAUCAUAAUUAUUUAAACCUAUCAAAUAUGCAUAAACCUAUAAUUAUUGAUUUUUAUUUUAACUUGUACUAUUUCAGUAUUAUUAGAGGUAUUUCUCUUCGUACAAGUGUUUUUGACAAUAUGAAGAAGGAUAGGGAAGAGCAUAUAAAGGAUUCCUUUAUUAUGGAUAAAUUUUAUAGUUCAUAUUGCAAAAGUUUGGAAGGGGACAAGGAAGGAAAAUUAUCUUAUUAUAUCAAUGAUAAUAUAAAUAGCUGCGCAAAAGAGGAAAGUCAAUUUAUUGUUUACAAGUUUUUUAGUAGUAAAUAUAGCAGGAGUGUACCAUCGGGAGGUCGUGAGCUAUUUAAUAUCAUUAGUAAUAUAGUAGAUACCUCAUUUAACAUUCAUAAAAUUUACAAAUAUAGACAAUUGAACGAAUCGAUAUUGAUAAAUAGUUAUAUACAUAUAAGUAACAAUAUAACAUACGCCAUAAACUAUUUUGAAUUUUUAUACUUUUAUUUUAUGAACAAUAAAAAUUUAGAGCACGUUUUUGAACAAACUAGAUACAGCUUUUUCAAUUUCCUUUUGAUGGAAAGGGUUAAAUACGAGAAGGAAUAUAUCAAAUAUAAUAAGGAAUACAAAAUAGCUAUAUAUAAGAAUAAAGUCGAGAAAAUAAAAAAAUAUUUCGAUGUAGACUAUGCUUAUAUGUAUUAUAACACAUAUAUUAAUUAUAACAAGCUAAAAAAAAGAAUUACGUGUAUGGUAAAGAAAUUAUACAAAGAAAAGUAUGACCUCCUGUUGAUGAAUCUAAAAAGUAAUUAUAAAAAUAAAGUGGUGUUAACAGUUUACAAGAGUCCUUGCAUAGUUUUAGAUAUAUAUAAAGCAAAAAAGGAAAAAACGGAAAAAACUGAAAAGAUGCAAAAUAAUUUAUACAUAUGUGUGAACGAUAUGAACGAGUUAUUCAUUUGCAACAUAUACUUUUUUUAUUCAGUUGUGAAAAAUGAGAAGUUGUAUAAUUAUAUAAAGGAAAAAAAUAAGCAUAUAAACUAUUUUGACCAUUUAUUUCUGAAAAGGGAAAUUCAAAGAUGCACAGUAUUUAGUAAGGAGCAUAACUUCCCCUUUGAUAUACACAAAAAGGGGGGGUCCAAAUGGAGGGAGCUAAAAACAGAAGAGGCGCAAAAUGGAGUAUCGCAAGUCGGAGAGCCGGAAAAAGAAUGCAACAGGUACGCCAUUAGUACAAGUGAAAAAUAUAUUUUUCAAUUUUUCGUUAAUAAAAUAAAAUUAAAUAACCCACAAAAUUAUGCGGAAAGGAAAAAUUAUGAUAAAAAGGAAGAAAAUUUUCAACAAGAUGGUACAGAAAAAUUAAUAAACAUUGACGAUAUACUUUUUAAUUCUUAUAAUGAAAGCUUAUAUUAUAUAAAAAAUUAUGCAGUCCUAUAUUUAAAAAAGUUGAAAAAGAUGAAAAAAGUGUUAUACUCACAAUAUAUAAGAAGGAAAAAGGAUAUAAGACAACAAAAAAAUAAAAAGGAAAAAAUUAUUUUAAAUAAUCUUCGAGCAUUUCAGUUGAGUGAACACAACAACAUGGAAAAUCACGAGAAAAAACUUUCCAAAUAUUACAGGAAAAUUCGUGACUUGAAUGAAGUGAAGAAAAAUUACAUAUUUCCUUACAGUAACUCAGGUGAUUUAAAUAAAAGUCUUUUAAAUAUUUCUCUUUUAAAUCACGAAGAAUGUAAGGAAAGAAACAAGGAUAAAAGUAAGAAAAUAUUAAGUAUAAAAAUUAUGCGUGCUCUAAGUAUGUACAAAAAAAAAAAAAAUAUCGGUAACAGAAACAGUUACUUAAAUGAAUUAAAUAAAAUAAAUCGCAUUUUUGGGAACAAAAAGAACACAAGUAUAAGCGAAUUUUAUAACAUCCUUUCGCUCCUCAAAAAUUUUAAUCUCAUAGACAAUUUAAAAAGUUAUAUAAAUCCUUAUAUAAAAAAUACUUUGUGGCUUUACAUAACAACACUAUACGUCAACCAUAAAUAUUCAUUAUGUGCAAAUGAAUUUAAUGUACAUCCUGAACUGUUAAUAAUUAUUUUUUAUAUCUGCUUCUCUAAAAAUAAGCCUGAUUAUGUGUGUAAUUAUUUGUCCUCCUUUCAAAUUUCAAAUGGUUUCCUACGCGAGGUGGUGACCGAUAUAUUUGCGUACAAAGAGCUGCUGUCAUUCGUUCAGCGGAGGUUUAAAAUUAAUAUAGAUAUUAUGUUUAACUUAUGCGAGCUUGAUGACGUUCUCGAAGGAUUGGUCCAUUUAAAAAAUGGGAGUUUUGGAAAUAUUAGCGAAAAUGUUGUAGCAAAACUAACUCAACUGACUUUGAUAUUACAAAAUGGAUUAUUACGAAAUUUUAAUAAAAAUAUAAAUAAAAUUAUUUUAAACUUUAUUAAAUAUAUCAGAGAAUUGAAAAAGUACAAAGAAGGUACAUAA